AUUUCUCUCUACUGAACGAUCGCUAACAAAUGAUCAAUAUUUCAUCCGAUUUGAACUUGUUUUGUCGAAAAUCUGUUUUCAACUGCUAGAUAGAAACGUUCUAUAAGACGAUCGAACUAUCGAUUAAAAAUUUCUAAGGAAAUAAAUUUAAUCGAUUCUUAUAAAAAUGUUUUGAAAAUAAAUUUAUUUGAAUAGGAUAUUUAUCGAUAUGGUUAAACAAAGAAAUUCGAAAAUAAAAAAUGAAAAUAUUUUGUUUUUUUAUAUUUAUCAAUAUAGAAGUGAUGAUGUACCUGAUUGUUAUAAUCGAGUUCGUUAUAUUCCAGAUUCUUGUAAAUUAAAUAAAAGUAUUGAUAAUGAUGUAUCAAAAUCAUUGAAAGAAUUUCAUUUGAGUGAUGUUGCACGUUGUUAUCGUUCUCCAUAUAGAACAAAUCGUGCUUUAUCGAUUUUAAAUCAAACAAUUGAUGAUUUAAUUCAAAUACAUGAUGUUAUUGAUUCAAAAAGAAAAGAAUAG